AUGCCGGCCGUCGAAUCCCCCGUCACGUCUUCAGAUCCCGGUCUUGUCAAGAUGGAAGACCGGAAGAGGCCCGCUGCGGACAACAAUGACUCCGCCCCGCCAUUAAAGAAACAGGCUACCACUGUCAACGGUGGUAGCAAGCCUCAUCCGGAUGCUGACAUGCCAUGGAAGGAUGAUUUGGAACGGUUCCAAAAGGAGGCCAUCAUGCGCCAGAUGCAAGAGUACAAGCGGGAGAAAUCAUCAUUGGAGUCACGUUUAAAUCAAAUGUCAAAAGCUGCCACUUUCCAUAAUGAUCAUCUCCGCGUUAUCGAUUCGUGGUUCAAGCAGCUAAUUGACGAAAUUAAAUUACUGCUUGGGUCGGAAACGGAAAUUCAAGAAACCUCAUUCAAAAGCUCGUUGCAAUUCGAAGAUGCUGAAGAGUUUCAAUCACAUCUGGCAUCUCGAUCGGAGGAUAUCCGCGCAAUAAUUUCCCAGGUCCAGUCCAAGGCCAACAAUGCGCCUGCCGAGGUCUCGGAGGUACAAAGCCGUCUUGCAAAGAAACUGGCUGAAGAAAAGGUUACGAUUGCUGAACUCGAAAAAACGCUAGCCGAAAAGCAACAGUUGGAGGAAAGCCUCGAAGCCGCGUCCUUGCGAGAAACAACAAUCUAUGGGACUGCAAAGACCUGGGGAAACGGCGCAAUCCAAGCGCGAAGAAUCCUCCCCGCGAAUGGUGGAACCCCAGUCGGAGAGCGCAACCCCGAGUUGGAAGAGGCCAAUAAUAAGCUCUCGGCAAUUUCGGCAAAGCAAAAGGAACAAGUCCAGAAGCUGGAGGCCGAAAACGCCAGCUUGCUCAGCCAAAUCACUGAAAUUAAAGUCAAGUCUUCAAAAUUCACCGAUGACGAUUACGCACAUACGGAUUUGUUCAAACACCUUCGGUCACAAUAUGACGAUGUAGUCAAGCGCAUCAAUCACCUAGAAGCGAUAAAUGUUCAACUACGUGAAGAGGCAGAGAAAUACCGAUCUGAGAGGACCGCAUACAAAAUGCAGGUGGAGAACGAAACUUCAAGUACGAUUGCGGAAAAGGAGGCUCAGUUGAUGAGAGCGGAAACGGACCUUGCAAGAAUACGGAAUGCUCGCGACGAGCUGCUGGCCGAUCAGCAAAUGCGAAAGGCCGCCCAGGACCAAGAAAAAAUUUCUGUUUUGAAACUUCAAGAGUUGGCGGAUGCUAGGGAAGCCCGAAUCACAGCAUUAGAGUCCGAGAGCCAACGGUUACGCCUCCAGAUCGAGGGCUCGAAAUCCGACGAAAAUAUCAACGAUAUGCCGCUAGAGGUGCUUCGCGCCAAGUACACCAGCCUCGAACGCCAAUAUGCUAUGCUUAACACCGAACUGACAUCUAUGCAAUCGGCCUACAAGAAGUUUUCCGCUCUUGCAUCACAGAAGGUUACUGAUUUCGCAGCGAUGGAGGAGAAGGUUGCAAGGUUAACGGCUGAGAAGUCCAAAGCGGACCAGAAAUUCUUUGCCGCGAUGAAGAGUAAGGAAGCUCGGGAUGUUGAAGUUCGCACGCUCAGAAUGCAAAGCUCGAAGACAUCCGAUAUUGUAUCCCAAUUGAAGGAAUCCGAGGCAAGCACUCGUUCACUGGUAUCUAACAUGGACAAGCACGCCAGUGAGAUGAAAGAGGCUUUGAACGCCGCCAUGGCUAAACAGCGUGCCAUUCAACAGCAGUUGACCGAGAGCAAUAUUCUCACCGAGGGCUUGAAGCACCAGGUGGCGGAACUCAAAACCCUAUCUGUGUCUAAGGAUUCCACUCUGGGAACCACCAACUCUUCAUUGCGGCAAGCCGAGACAGAGGUGGCUGCCCUGAAACAAUCUCUUUCGGAUACCAAGAAAAGCCUGGACAGCUGGAAGACCAAAAGUCUUGGCAAUUCGUCUUCAGAAUAUGAAAUGUUGCGGUCACUCGCACUGUGCACAGUCUGCCGUCGCAAUUUCAAGAACACCGCAAUCAAAACAUGCGGCCAUGUCUUCUGCAAAGAUUGUGUCGAGGAGCGUCUCACCUCUCGCUCCCGCAAGUGCCCCAACUGCGGUAAAUCCUUCGGAAGUAACGACCACAUGCACAUUACCCUUUGA